CUUGGGUUGCACAGCGUUUCGCAUAUGACGUGCUACAAAAAGAUAUAGAUGAACGAAACGGCUCCGAUUCCGAAUAUUCGGCUGCGAAAUCGUCCUCCGAAGACAAGAGUUGUAGUGAGACUCGAAAUGGGCGCACACGACUUGGUAGAAGAACACCCUUCCUCACUAGAAGAAGGAAGGCCGCUACGCAAGAGGCAGCGAGGAUGAAGUCCUCUACAACUUCAGAUAGAUACGAAAAUAGGCAGAAAAUGUUUCCCUGUAUCGUAGAUAUGCGAGGUCCGGGCUCGUCUCAUACAGAGGCAGGCAACGUGGACGCAUUCGCGGAUCUCAUGCGGCAAGCGGUCUUCCUCAACAUGCACGCGGAUGCGUGCUUGAAGAAUGGCCGUGGUCCUUGCACUACCUGAUGCGCCAAUGAUUACAGUUACAAAAAUGCUACAAGUGCAACAUUAUCACUAAAACUACAACUACGAAAAAAAUAUUGACGCUCUUAAGAAGUUGCAACACGAAAACUGCUUGCGG